AUGUCUCAAAGAGGGCCAGCUGCAUGGCACUGUGCAGCCUUAUCAGAUCCAAAGUCCUUCGCGACAUCAUGCCGGAGAAAACCGAAUAAGUGUGCCGCGCGCCACAAAGACCAGAGCAUGCCCCAGGAGCUGUUGCAAGAUCGCUUCAAGAUUUCGAGAGACCACGUUCUCGGAGAAGGCAGCUACGCAGUGGUGUACAAAGGACUGGAUCGGAAGGGUUUGAAGAACGUUGCCGUCAAACUCUACAAGGAGAUCGACGAGGAUGCGACUCGAUCCUUCAAGAAAAGUAUAGAUGUCCUCCUGGGCAUACAGACGGGGAUGCGAUCCUCCAGUAAGACGGCGCCAUCGGAGGAUGGGCGUUCCGACGUUAGUGAUACUGAGCCGCCUGAUGAGAUCGACACCGGAUGGGCUGAGAAUUCGACGGACUGGGCAGAGUUCGCCACCCGCUCCUUCGAUCCCAGCAUGGUGGAAAUUCCAUCACAUGUGCGAAGACGGUCAUCAAGGGGAGAGCUGAUCAGAAAGAUAGACUUCAGCUCCUGCUUCGUAUCGGUCGUGAGCUACUCGAAGGACGAGGAUGACAAUCCUGGCCUUGACGCAGAAUCCGAGUCGCUUUUCAUUGUUUUCGAACUCGGCGGUGAGUCCUUGGAGGACAGACUUGUGAGGUAUGCAGAUGAAGGAAGGAAGCUGUCGGCGGAUGAACACCGUUCCCUGCAGUGGGCUUUGGUUUCGAUAGUUUUUGGCCUGCAUACUCUGGGGUACGUGCACUUAGACAUCAAGCCAGCGAAUAUCGUUAGCUUUGACAUGCCUGACAAGAAGGAGCAGUGGAAGUUAAUAGACCUGGACGGCGCCCUCAACUCCGGAAAGCCAGCCUUGCUCAAGGAUUGUGUGACAACCUUGCAAUACCUGUCCCCGGAGCUCGCGGGGACGUUUCUUUCCAUGAAGGUCUGUGCUCGUGACAAGUUCGGAAGAGCACGGCGCGGCAGGGAAGAGACAGAUAACCAGCCUAUCAAGCUCUCCCGGCUGAUGGACGUUUGGAGCGUCGGCAUGUGCGCGAUGGAGGCCAUAUUCUUGGUGCCCAUCUUGAUGCCAUGGUAUGAUGAAUGGCUGCGUGAGACAGGCACCGAGGAGAAGUUCCUCAACUGGCUUGCAGACUACCACAGCGAUCCCAUCAUCACAGGAGACCUGAGGGAUGCGCUGCGGGAGAUCGACGAGGACAUGUGCAACUUCUUGGAAGGGAUGCUUCAAAAGGAUCCGUCCAAGCGUUUCAGCAUUAUCGAAUGCAUCAACCACACAUGGUUCGAGAAGAUUCGCCACAGCCACCUCGAGGACCUUGCCGGGAUUUUGGAGAGGUCUGAAGCCGCUGAUUCAGAAGCGCAGUCGCCUGCAGCAUCAAG